CUUGCGAUCGGUCAAAGGUCACAAAUUUCGCGCGUAUUUUGUAAGCUGUAAAUGUCUCACAAAUUUGGUUUGUGAUAAUCAGUUUACUUUGCAUCGUUGUUGUGUAUCUAGAUAUUCCCUAUACCUAAGGACGAUUCCCACAUGUUGAAGGGUUAGGAAUUCAGAAGUAUGGACAGUGCAGAGUUAGAUCUCUGGCUGGACCGUGCCAAGUCCUGGGGAGAACCAGGGGGUGUGGUUUCCACGGAGGGACUGAGAACCACCUGCAGGUGUCUUGGAGAGUUGGAAACCUUCUUGAGAGGGCUUCAUGUUGCCAUGACAACAUGGGACAGGCCAGCAGCUAUUAUGAGACAUCUUCCCAACAUCGGACAGUUCCUAGGAAGACUCUGCCACAACCCUGCUGUUCUAGCAUGUGGUGAUACCUGCUCCAUUCUCCAGUCCUGUCUAACAGUGCUGUGUACAGACUCACCACAAGAGGAUAUAGAGAGAAGGGCAGCCAACUGGGCACAGAAAAUGUUGAGACAUGUGAUAACUGGACCAUCAGGUAAUGGUGUGAGUAAAACCAUGGGCUAUCUGCCUUCUGACCAGAAUAAACUGGCUCUGGAAAAGCUUUUACAUGCCUUGUCUGAAGACUUAGAUCAACUACAGCAGGACAGAGGAAUAAAAGCAAGACCAGCACAGCCCUGUACUUUACACCAGUUGUCAGAACUCUGUCUCCCGCUGGUCAGCAUGCCUACUGCUUCAUUGCUGGUGGAGAAGCUCCUCCUAGCAGGAUUGGAGGGAAAGACAAGAGGGGAGGAACUGUCAGUUUUGUUUCUGCAGUCUGUAGUCAGUGCACAGCAACAACUGUACUCAAACAAACUAGUCACAGAUGAUGUUUCCUUGUCACCCCAUGCUUUAUGUGCCCUCUGGACACUUAACUCCCCCAGUCUGGAGCAGGAUGUACUGGACAUGGUGGAAACUGUCACCCUACACAGGCCUUACAUCAGUACAGAGGACAUGAAGACACUUAUUCAUUCAAGAGGACUGCCUACAGCCUGUGUACUGCAGCCUACAGUGAACAAUGUUACCAGACAGAUUCUCAGACACGUAUUAGAACAUUCAGCUGGCUCCCCGUCUGUACUCAACCUGCUGAGAGUCUUUAACGAGUGUUUCAUCUUGGAACUUUGCAAGUUGCAAGGCCAGGCUCCCACAUCAGUUCUCCAUCUAACCUACAACAUGCAGCAGCUCCCCCUGGUGCACCUGCUGAUACUGCACCCUGCUGGUCUUAGCAAAGCAACUUGCCAAGAGCAUCUGAAGAACAUCUGCAGGACAAUACAGACUGUACAGUCACCUGGAUGUCAGCUGACCUGGACACAAGUAACUCAAGCAGGUGUCUGCCCAAAAGCACCUGGCAUCAGUUGCGGCCCUGAGAGUUGGUAUGUGCUGGUACAGUUUGGUUGGUGGUACAGCGAGGCGUGUAGACUGCUGCUCCUCAGUCCUGUACCUCCACACUCCUGUCUGCAGUACCUGGCCUGCUGUCACCUACCUCAGUCACCAGAACAGCAGCAGGCAUUCAUGACAUGCAUUCAGGAUGUUGCCUCCACUCUCCAUGGCCUCCUCCCGAAAAUCCACCCAAAGUCACAUGACUUGCUGUAUGCGGUAUCAGCCAAUCAGCAGUUGGAUUCCCCAGCAAGAAGGGCUGUGAUUGGUCAGCUGUUGAUGCUGUUUCUACUACACUCUGUAGGGGGUUAUGGGAUUGCUGAUGACAUUCUGGAUAUGGCCGUUGGUGACCAAGAUGCUGAGAGAAGACUGGCUGUUCUGUUGGAUACAAUUGAAGAGAAUCUUGUCGGAAAAAAGACAGGGGAAAAUCCCUCUUGGGUAUGCAAGAACAAAAUCACUGCAAUGCUACAAGUCAUCAAUGGUCUACAACUUUCCCUACAAGAGCUUCAUGCCUUAAAGGAGCCUAACAGACCAAAGGAGGAUGAUCUGAACUGUAGAUGUGAAAAAGUCAAGCAGCUGAUGCAAAAUUUUCCUUGACCAAGUUGCCUUUUCCUGUGAUCUACCUGUUGAUUUGUUCGCCUUGCCUUCAGCCAUUAUGUUAUUUAGAGUUAAUAACUGAUGGAUACAUGAACAAAACUAAACUUCUAUGCGAAUGAAACAAACAAAAGAGAAACUCU